AUGAACAACGUGCAAUUCGAUGGAUCGAAGACAACGAGAAAGCAGAUUUGUCAAGUUUGUGGGGAAACUGGAGCAUCAAGACAUUAUGGAGCGAUCACUUGCGGAAGGUGUAAAGUCUUCUUCAUUCGAGCUGUCACCGUUGACAAGGACUAUCGGUGUCAAGCAAACGGCAACUGCACUUAUCCUGAAAGCAAAUGCCGAUCGUGUCGCUACAAUCGCUGUAUUGCAGUGGGGAUGAUCCCUGAAACGGUGGCUCGUCGAGAGGGAUGCACUCGACAAUUGAAGCGCUUCUCAAAACCAAAAACAGAAUCAAAAGAGACAUCAUUGCCAUUAUCGGAAGACGAAGAUGAACCAAUUGAUGUGGAGACACCGAUGGAUUUUGAGGAGACUUUUGGAGGAUUGAUGGCCACGCCUGGAUGCUCAUAUCAACAGAUUCGAUUCAAACCGCCAACCCCACCCACAUUUGAUGACGAUGAGAUGUGUGAUCAGCAACCCUCAACUUCUCACGCCUUUCCAAGCACAAGUUCACAAGGAUCUUUAGAUCAAUAUGACCUACCGCAAAGCAAUCUUUCCAUUGUGCCAAAUAUCAAUUGGGCGAUCAAGACAUUAGGUUCGAAUAUCUCUUUGUGGGUACCGGACAUAUCGAAGGAUGUUGGGGGAAAGCUGUUGGCGUUGGACAAAUUUUGCUCCCAAGAUGCACCAAACAAUCGGAUCACUCCAUUCAGCAUAGCCCUCAAUAUGAGUAUUGCUGAUCUACUAGAGAAUCCGACUCUCCUAGCACCGCGAGGCCCACUAGCAUGGGAUGACGCUGCUCCACCGACCACCGAUCGAACACAAUUGACACAUAUGGUUUUUGCCCGAAAAUUGGUUUACUAUAUCGAUUGGUUGAGGGGAACGGAAGACUUCUGGAAACUUUCUGAAUCAGAUAGGAAUCGUUUAUGCUGUCAACAGUACAAUCCGAUGACUUGUCUCACAAUGUUUUACAAUACAUAUCGUCUAAAAAAUGACGGGGUUCUUUACGGGUUGGGUGCUCAGGGAAAAAUCGACAAUACGCCAAUGGAUACUGAAUACACGGUUUUCAACAAUUUCAUGAUCGAAUACGUACAGACUUAUAUCGUCUCAACAAUGAGAGAAAUCUCGUUCACCCAGGAGGAGUACGUCAUCUUUCGCAAUGUUUUCUUAUUUAAUACAAAUCUCUCUCUAUCGGAAGAGGGCUCAAAGAUUGUCAAAGAGGCAAACAUGAAAUAUUCAGCCGAAUUGUUAGAGCUUCUCCGCAAGAACAACGAUCGUAAUUCGCCUGAGGGUGCCUUGGAAAGGCGAAUUUCGAAAAUUUUUGGCCUUCAACCACAUAUUUUACAUGUUGCCUAUCGUUCAAGCCGCUUCUUUGGUCGAGCCUCAGCAUUGAAUGUCUCAAAUAUGCGAGGCGCUCUCACACAUGAUCUCUUCUUUAAAGAAACA